CCCGGCGCGCGCGGAGCCAGGCGACAUGGAGGGAGGCGCGGCGGUCGGCCGCCGCUGACGCGCCGCUCCGAGCCGGUGGUCGGCCAGCCCGCGCCGCCCGGGGCCCUGCGGUGCGGAGAUGAGCAGGUCGACGGCGCUCCUGCUCUGCCUGCUGGGCUGCAACGUGUGGAAGGCGGUGACCAAGACGCUGCGGGAGCCCGGCGCCGGAGCCCAAGAGGUCACCUUGAAGGUCCACAUCAGUGACGCCAGCACCCAUCAGCCCAUCCCGGAAGCCCUCAUUGAGAUUUUCACCAACCAGGUCUCCAUCGCCACUGGUACCUCGGGGACGGAUGGCGUCGCCUUCAUCAAAUUCCAGUAUAAGCUGGGCAGUCAGCUGAUGGUCACCGCCACGAAGCACGCCUACGUGCCAAACUCUGCCCCAUGGAAGCCAAUCCGGUUACCUGUAUUUUCUUCGCUGAGCCUCGGCCUGCUUCCAGAACGCUCUGCUACUCUGAUGGUGUAUGAAGAUGUUGUGCAAAUUGUCUCAGGAUUCCAAGGUGCCCGGCCUCAGCCUCGAGUGCAUUUCCAGAGACGAGCCCUGCGCCUGCCAGAGAACACCAGCUACAGUGACCUGACCGCCUUUCUCACGGCCGCCAGCUCCCCCUCGGAGGUGGACGGAUUUCCUUAUUUGCGAGGAUUAGAUGGAAACGGAACAGGAAACGGCACCAGGUAUGACCUGACCCCGGUCACGGCCGUCAGCGUCCACUUGCUCAGCAGCGAUGGAACGCCCGUGUUGGUGGAUGGUCCCAUUUAUGUCACCGUGCCCCUGGCCACACAGAGCAGUCUGAGGCACAAUGCCUAUGUCACAGCGUGGCGGUUUGACCAGAAGCUGGGAACGUGGCUGAAGAGCGGUCUCGGCCUUGUGCACCAGGAAGGCAGCCAGCUGACGUGGACCUACAUUGCCCCUCAGUUGGGGUACUGGGUGGCAGCCAUGUCACCCCCCAACCCAGGUCCAGUUGUCACCCAGGACAUCACCACGUAUCACACGGUGUUCCUUUUGGCCAUCUUGGGAGGAAUGGCUUUCAUUCUUUUGGUUUUGCUGUGUCUCCUUUUAUAUUAUUGCAGGCGGAAAUGCUUGAAACCCCGGCAGCACCACAGAAAACUGCAACUUCCUGCCACCCUGGAGAGUUCCAAGAGGGAUCAGUCCACGUCCAUGUCACACAUCAACCUGCUCUUUUCUCGCCGGGAGUCAGAAUUCCCCGGGCCGCUCUCCGUCACCAGCCAGGGCCGCCCCCCGGAUGCCCCGGGCUCGAAGGAGCUGAUGAGCGGAGUCCAUUUGGAAAUGGUGUCUUCCAACGGGGAGGCGGACCUGCACACGCCUAUGCUGAAGCUCUCCUACAGCACCUCCCAGGAAUUCAGCUCUCGGGAGGAACUCCUGUCCCACAAGGAGGAAGAUAAAAGCCAGAUCUCCUUUGAUAACCUGACCCCGAGUGGAACGCUGGGCAAAGACUACCAUAAGUCGGUGGAGAUUUUCCCCUUAAAGUCCAGGAAAUCUCUGGAAAGGGAAGGCUACGAGUCCCCCGGCAGCACUGACUACAGGAGGAGUUACAAUGCCAUGCUCUCACAGCCUUUAUUCGAAAAGCAGGACAGAGACGGUCAGGCCCCCAUUAACCACAUUUCCGCAGGAAGUAAGCUCGCCAUUCAGGAACACAUGUACCCCACGCCUUCAUCCCCGGAGAAAGAACAGCUGCUGGAGCGCAGACCCACUGAAUGUAUGAUGUCGCGAUCGGUGGACCACCUGGAAAGACCUACCUCUUUCCCGCGGCCGGGCCAGCUGAUCUGCUGCAGCUCUGUGGACCAGGUCAAUGACAGCGUUUAUAGGAAAGUAUUACCUGCCUUGGUCAUCCCGGCUCAUUACAUGAAACUCCCAGGGGACCAUUCCUACGUGGGCCAGCCUCUGGUGGUUCCCGCCGACCAGCAGCUCGAGAUAGAAAGGCUGCAGGCCGAGCUCUCCAGCCCGCACGCAGGGAUCUUCCCACACCCCUCCUCUCAGAUCCAAGCCCAGCCCUUGUCCUGCCAGGCCAUCUCGCAGCAGCACCUGCAGGAUGCGGGCACCCGGGAGUGGACCCCGCAGAGCGCGGCCAUGUCCGAGUCCCUCUCCAUCCCGGCCUCCCUGAAUGAUGCGGCCUUGGCGCAGAUGAACAGCGAGGUCCAGCUCCUGACCGAAAAGGCGCUGCUGGAACUUGGGGGUGGGAAGCCCCUCCCACACCCACGGGCGUGGUUCGUCUCCCUGGACGGCAGGUCCAACGCGCACGUCAGACAUUCCUACAUUGAUCUCCAAAGAGCUGGGAGGAACGGGAGCAACGACGCCAGUUUGGAUUCUGGCGUGGAUAUGAAUGAGCCAAAAUCCGCCCGGAAGGCGAGAGGAGACCCCUUGUCUCUGCCGCAGAACCACCCUCCGGUCCAGGAGCAUCCGCAGAAAGAGCCGAGGGCCGCGGACGGCGCCGCCUACACGCAGCUCGUGUACCUGGAGGACCUGGACCAGAGCAGCGGCGGCGAGGGCGGCCCCGCGGUCGGGACGCCCGAGGACAGUGCCCUGCGGUGCCUGCUGGACGGCUCCAGCCGGAGAAGCGGCGGCCAGCUGCCCAGCCUGCAGGAGGAGACGACGAAGCGAACCUCGGGCGUCCCCCCAGAGCCCCCGGCCAGCCCCGACCCGAAGCGGUCUGCUCAGGAGGACGAGGAAGACGAAGAUGAUGACGACGACCAGGGCGAAGACAAGAAGAGCCCGUGGCAGAAACGGGAGGAGAGGCCCCUGAUGGCGUUCAACAUUAAAUGAGCGACCGCGGCGCCACCCGACAGGGAGUAUCAUGCAGUUGCCAAAAAUCCUUUCGUAGAAGAGUGUACCUGGUUGUGGAGGAAGGUGCACCACGUCGGUCGGUCGCGGAAAGUGGACUUUUUUCUGCAUCACCGUUUGCUGUGUCAGGGUUGGAGAGGAGGUCAAGCUCUCACUCGGAAGAAGGGAUGAUGUUGGAGAAUGCGUCGCCUCCAGGGAGAUGGCUGAACCGUGGUGUCUGAAUGCCCCUGUCCUUCCCUCGUACUUGAUGUGUCCACUCCCGGGACACCGCAAAAACCGCACGUGAUGUCACUAGGUUCUGAUGGGUAACCUCAGUUCUCCGCCAGGGUCUGGGAACAGAUGAAACUCCUUUUUGCAUUGCUUGAAUCCGUUUUAUCACAGUAAUGCUCCUGUGAAAUGAUUAUUGAGAAAUUCGCUUGGCACUUAGUGUCUGGAGGUAUGCAUUAUCUCAAAGGAAAACUAUGCAUCGAUGCUCUGUGGUCUUACUUUGCUAAGAUUUUUGCUUUGCUUAGGUUUCAUUUCCAGUUUGCUUUUUUAAACACACACACACAUUCGGUUGCAAGGAUUUUUAUUCCUUCAUUUUCAUCUGUUCUGCUUCUCAGUGGUUUAUUUCAGUAUCUCCUUUCAGGACCUCCUGAGUGUCAUCUCUUAACAUCCAAGCCUUUUAAUGAAAUCGUACUGAAUUUUUUAUCAGCUGCCAGUCCUUCGAUUCUGGUCCCAUUAACGCCAAGUGCCUUUUUUACAGUGACAACAGACAGUCCCUUACUUUGCUUGUUUUGUUUGUUUUUAGUUCUUAACUUCUUGAACUGCCUGGAUUUUAUAAAGUUAUUCAACGUUACCCCUUUUCUUUAAACUGCAUGCUGCCAAGUGUCCAUUUGUGCUCAGAAUUCUCAUCUCAAGUCAGCGUACUCUCUCGUUCUUACGUGUGACGUGGAUUCUGUUUAGCUAAGAUAGACUAGAGGACACCUUAGCAAGUCUUUUCCCUACUCCAUCCCUUUGGCCACUAGCCACCAUUAUGGUUUGAUUGGCUGUUUGUAUAUACGGUUGUGUAUUAACUCUGGAAUUCUAUGGGCUGAUCUUGCUCACCAAACAUGGAAUAUGGGCUGAGCAAGUAGACUCAAUGAGACUAUUAAACAAAUCUUAUGUACUAUCCGAAAGUGCCAGAAUGACUCUUCUGUGCAUUCUCCUUAAAGAGCUGCUUGGUUAUCCAAAAAUGAAAACUCAGAAUAAACUCUGAAAGAAAAAAAAA